GUACAGACAUGUUUGUGCUCGCGUGUGUGAUGUUGCUCGGAGUCGGCGUGACGCCGUCGCCGACGCCGGAUUAUCACAAUAUGCAGUGUGGCUACCACGGCUACUGUCAUACGGAGGCAAAAGGUGUCAUUAGCAAAAGUUCGCUGGUACUGCCAGACAUCGAGAUCCCACCAGAAGUUCCGGAGUUCCAAUUCCUCAUACCGGAUAAAUGCCAAGAAUGGGGUCGCGACCUAGCCGGAUGCGUUGUCCACGUCUGCGAUUCAGACGCAACGCCGAAGCUGACUGUGACUGAGAACGGCGUCGGCGUGGCCAAAGUACUCCGUCCCGGCCAGCUGGCCAACCCUGCUUAUGUGUACAUGACUCAAUACUGCAUCUAAUCAAAUAAAACAAUAGGACCUUUAAAGGUUUUAAGACUGUAUUGUAAAUAAAACAACGGGUUGCACUCCGGGAGUGCCGGCAGAAGUGAAAACUUAAUGACAUUGUAACAGUUUUUCGAUCAGGUCACGUGUCCGUCUUACGUCUUACGAAUCUUACGGUCACAUGACCUGUCGCGAGUUUAACAUUUUUUCCCCAUCACAAAAAGUGCACAGCGCCGCUAAAGAAGUAUUCACU